AUGAAGUUCCGGGCCAGGAUCGCCAGUAGGCGUUCCCUGGAGCUCUUCAUCCAGGUCAGCGGCACCUUGGCGAAACUGGCGACGGUCUGCGUGCUCCGCGUGUGCCCGAGCAAGCUGUACUUCUGUCCCGGGGGCCCGGGCGGCCUGUGCGAGCCCCGGCUGUGGUGCGAGGUGCGGCGGGGCGCUUUCCACCGGUUCUGCAUGGAGGGCGCGUCGCAGGAGCGCGACGAGAUCUACCUGGAGCUGGUGUCCGAGCACCUGGCCGGGGCGCUGCGCAACGUGGCUGGCGCGCCGUCCGUGAAGCUGCAGCUGACGAACAAGGAGCGGCCCUGCCUCACCGUGACCGUGGAGCUGCAGGCGCGGCCCGGCCACGCGCGCGUGCUCGUGCACGACCUGCCCACGAGGGUGAUGCCCCAGAGAUGGUGGGCGGCGUACGCGGAGCCGCACGUGCCCACCCCCGACGCCAGCAUCUACCUGCCGUCCCUGAAGACCCUGAGGAGCAUGGUGGAGCGCAUGGCGCGCAUGGGCAGCCACGUGCAGCUGGAGGCAGAUCUGACCGGCAGGAUGAACCUGAGCGUGGAAACCGAGCUCGUGUCCGUUAAAAGCUACUUUAGGGACCUGGGAAACCCGCCCGCGUCUGCGCUGGCACGACCUCGAGAUCGAGACCCUGAAAGUAUGGCGCGAGUGCGCGUGGAGAAUAGGUGUCUUCUCCAGGUCUUAGAGGGCCAGCAGGUGAACCCCACGACGGCCUUGUGUAAUGUCUUGAGCGACACUAUGCUGCACUUUGUUUUGAUUCAUGAGGAAGUCUCUCUUCAGUACUUCAUUCCUGCCUCAUAG